AUGGACAUGUCGGCGAUCGCCGCGCGCCUCGGCCUCUCGGGGUCCCGCCUCGUCAUCCGCAAGGCCGGCGAGCUCCGCCGCCUCUGCGACGUCAACUUCGACUCAUCUGUCCUCGGCAUCGGCGAGGUCUGCAAGGCCAUCAUCUGCCUGGAGAUCGCUGCGUCCAAGUUCCAGGUGAUUUUUGACCGCGCGGAGGCUGUGCGUAUGAGCGGGAUGUCUGAGAAGGCGUACAUCAGAUCAUUCAAUGCGCUCCAAAAUGGUCUUGGUGUCAAGACGACUUUGGAUAUGCGUGAAUUGGGCAUCCAGUUUGGUUGUGUCAGGUUGAUACCUUUCGUUCAGAAGGGAUUGUCUCUCUAUAAGGAGCGCUUCCUUGCUGCAUUGCCACCUUCACGCCGGGCAAGCACUGACUUUGGUCGCCCAGUGUUUACUGCAGCAGUAUUCUACUUAUGUGCGAAGAGGCACAAGCUCAAAGUUGACAAACUAAAGCUGAUAGAUCUAUGUGGCACAUCCAGCACUGAGUUUACAACGGUUUCAACAUCAAUGACAGACCUCUGCUUUGAUGUUUUCGGGAUAGCCAAGGAGAAGAAAGAUCCAAAGUCCAUCAAAGGGAACAGAGAACUGCUGGAUGUUUUGCCAAGCAAAAGGAAACAUGAAGAUGACAGUGAUUCAUCUGCAUCCGAUGAAUCCUCAGACGAUGAUCUAGAUGAGCUAGAUUUACCAACUCACAAGAGGCGCAAGAAGAUGGAGAAAGAAGCAUACAAUGAUUGGAAGUCGUCUGUUGUUUCGUCGAACAAGAAAACCAAAACAGACAGCAGGGUUGCUCCAGCGCCUGCAGGCGGUGGUGGCUCCCGGCGCAGUGCGGGGGGGUUCCCCUACGGCAGCGGCGCAUGUGGCCCAGCUGUGCUCGGUGACGUUCUUAAACUGGCGGCUAACGCUCAAUUUGUUCACCAUUCAAAAAUUGACAUACAAAAACUGAGUGUAAGGGAGUUCUCAUGCCAUGAGCUUAAUGCCAACCUGUUAUGGCUUGGGACAUUUUCAUUUGCUACAUGGCUGGUUAGGAACCAGUCGAUUUUGGAUGGACGACGUGUUCUGGAAUUAGGAAGCGUUGUUGCUUUGUACAAAGGGUUUGAAGCUAACGCCUUGUUCAAAUGUGGCGGGGAAUCAAGAACUGAGCACUUUAGCCUAGGAACAACAAAUGUAAACCUCCUUGGUGCUGUCAGUCCGAUUGACGCCACCUACACCCUGACGCCCUGGCGUUGGGCUGUGUUCAUGUGGGCACCAGGACUCCAGGGUUCUAAAAAAAUACGAGAUAAUAAUAUCAAAAUAUCUCUUCAAGUGAUCAAAUGGCCUAUCACGAACAAGUGCGAAAAGAAGGCUCCAAAGAAAGUGCAUAAAUCUGAGAGGGAGAAACGUAAGCGGGACAAGCAGAAUGAUCUCUUCGGUGAGCUGGGAAACAUGCUAGAACCUGAUAGGCAGAACAAUGGGAAGGCAUGCAUAUUAAGUGACACUACACGAAUGCUUAAUGAUCUACUUUCACAAGUAGAAUCUCUUCGAAAGGAGAACAACACGCUGAAGAAUGAAUCUCAUUAUGUUGCCUUGGAGAGAAAUGAACUACUGGAUGAAGCCAAUGUGAUCCGUGGUGAAAUCUCAGAACUUCAAAAUGAGCUGAGGAUGCGGCUAGAAGGCAACCCUAUCUGGAGUCAUGACACUUCUAGAUCAAAUCUUACAGCACCUCAUCCUGCGACCACAGUAUUUACAUUGCAACAUUCAGCACAUCCACAAGUCAUCGCAACAAUGGCACUUCCUCUGCAACAGCCAGCAGUCGUUGAACAAUCUUAUGCUGCCCCACGGCGGGAGCUACAGCUAUUCCCCGAAGCUGCACCCACUGAAGAUACUGAGCCACCACAAAACCAGGGGAUCUCUAAUAAUGUGAUGCGGCCGCAGGCAAGGUACCCACCAGUAGUGACAACUUUGCCUGUACAUGUAUAUCCAGUCCUUCCAAGAAUGGAAGAUGAGCAAUGCAGUACUGGUAGCAGAGAGGAAGGCGGGGUAGACAACCCCUAA